AUGGAGAUGAACAAAAUUCCAAUCCAUCUUCUAAUCUUGAUGUGUCUAACCGGGUUAGCAUCAGCCAAACGGUGUCCUGACUGCGGUCUAACUCGGGUGCCGUACCCACUUAGCACCGGACCUGACUGCGGGGACCCGCAAUACAAGGUCCGGUGCAAUGCGGGCACGUUAUGGUUCGACACACUGAACGGAUCGUCCUACGUGAUCACAUCCAUCAACCAACUGAACCAGCGGUUCGUAAUCCGACCGCCGGGAUUGGCCGACAACAAGACGUGCAUGGCGGCCGAUUUCGGAAGCCAAGGGAUUAUCCUGGACGACAACCUUCCAUUCAACAUUACGAGUAGCAACACCGUCGUUGGCAUGAACUGUUCUUCCCAUGUUCUCCAACUCUCUGUGAACUGCACGUCGUCCAGCCCUUGCCAUGACUAUAUUAAACAAAACGUGGUGGCGAAUAGGGCUUGUGGAAGCUUGCCGUUUUGCUGUUUUUUCAAGACCGGCGGGUCGAUCAAUGCGUAUAGAAUUAGGGUUCGGAAGGAACGGUGUUCGGCUUAUGAGAGCUUUGUGAAUUUGGACGCUUCAUUGCCCGUGAACAAAUGGCCGGAACCUGGGGUGGAGAUAGAGUGGGCAUUGCCGGAGGAGCCGAUAUGUAAAUCUUCAGUAGAUUGCCGGGACUUGGUGAAUUCGGUGUGUUUGCCGUAUAAUGGGAAUAGAAGGUGCUUGUGCAAGACUGGGUACCAAUGGGACCCCAUCAAUGGAAUAUGUCAAUAUCUGAAAUGUCAAAACGGAAGAGUUUGUAAGAAGAGAAAGAGCAAAGCUCCACUCAUUGGAGGCUCAGUCUUGUCAGUAGGUGCAAUGCUGAUGGGUGUGAUAACAUGGCUAAUAGUCUACAAGCGACGUGAACGAAGUAAAAGGGAAGCCCAACUAAGCAUAUCAAAGGCCAGGGAAGACAUAUUAAAAGCCAACAACAGUGGAAAAUCAGCCAAGAUAUUCACACGCAGAGAAAUAACAAGAGCAACAAACAACUUCUCCAGACAAAACCUAAUCGGCUCCGGCGGCUUCGGCGAGGUCUUCAAGGGAAAUCUCGAAGACGGAACCGCCAUAGCGGCGAAGAGAGCCAAGCACGGAAACAUCAAAGGCAUCCAUCAAAUCAUCAACGAAGUUCGGAUUCUCUGCCAAGUUAACCACCGGAGUUUAGUCAGACUCCUAGGCUGUUGCAUCGAGCUCGAACAGCCUAUCUUAAUCUACGAGUACAUCCCAAACGGCAAUCUUUUCGAACACUUGCAUGGAAACCAAAAAUAUGCUUCAUUUCUUUCUUGGAUUGAUCGUCUUCGCAUUGCUCAUCAAACAGCCGAAGGACUUGCCUAUCUCCAUUAUUCUUCGGUACCGAGGAUUUACCAUAGAGAUGUAAAAUCAAGCAACAUUUUGCUGGACGGGAAGCUAGAUGCUAAAGUUUCUGAUUUUGGGCUUUCGAGGCUUGCAGUGGCAGAAAGUGCAAGUCAUAUAACAACUUGUGCUCAAGGUACUUUAGGCUAUCUUGAUCCGGAAUAUUAUCUCAACUUUCAAUUGACUGAUAAAAGCGAUGUUUAUAGCUUUGGAGUUGUUAUGUUGGAGCUUUUGAGUUCCAAAAAAGCUAUAGAUUUCAACAGAGAUGAAGAGGAUGUCAAUUUGGUGGUUUAUAUGAAAAGGGUUUUGAGAGAAGAGAGAUUGAUGGAUGCUGUUGAUCCUGUGAUUAAAGAUGGAGCUAGCAAUAUAGAGUUGGAGACUAUGAAGGCAUUAGGGUCAUUGGCUGCGGCUUGUUUGGAUGAGAGAAGGCACAAUAGGCCUUCAAUGAAACAAGUAGCUGAUGAGAUUGAGUAUAUUAUUAGUAUACUUUCGACUGGUACUGAGAUUUCUACAACUUAAGGUGUAUGUAAUUGUUACUCCUU